GUUCCAUUCUGUCUCUGUAAAGCAGAGAAAAGGAAGAAGAUGAAGAACUGGUCAGCAAUGAUCACUUUACUAGCAAUUCUUACUUUGGCAGCACAUGAGACAUCAAGUGAUACAACAGCCUCCAUUAAUACCACAUCAUAUUCUAUAUCCAUGAGUGAAACGUCUUGGAAGACUGCGGACAACUCAACUCUGACUCAAAUAACUGGAUCAACGGAUUCACAGUCAACAACUCUGAAUUCAACCGCAAGUUCAACAGAUCCUAACUUUAAUCCUAAUGAGAUGACUACCACAAACACAACUAAAAAUUCAUCUUCUUCUGGCUCUACAACUAAUGCAAACACUGCUACAGGUUCUAUGUCUAUAACAGCAACUCCUUCGCUCAGUUCUGCAAAUGCCACCAGAAUAACUUCAGCUUAUGUGUCUACUAGUAUAACUUCUACUACCAAAUCAAGCACAAGUGUAUCUUCUAAAGUCACAAUUAGUAUCGCUGCAACUAUAAUUACAACCAGCACUUCUUCUCCACCUACGGAAAAUGGGUGA